AUGAUGCUAACUACUCAUAGCGGCAAAUCACGCAUAUUACUUGCUCUCUUAUCAUUAAUCCCGUACGAAGGCUCCAUCAAAAUUGCCGGUCGCGAGAUUCGCGAGAUCCCCCCGCGAGAGCUUCGCAAACACAUCUCCACCAUCACUCAAGAGCCAUUUGACCUGCCAGGCACUGUUGAGGAUAACCUCUUCUUAUACAAACUGCGUAACCCAGAAAUUACAGGACGAGUAUUAGAUACUGUCACUAUGUUUCUCUUGGCACAGCUUGGUAUACUCGAUGCCUUGGGUGAUUACUACGAUACUGCCUUUAGCCAGCUGCACCUCUCGUAUGGCCAACGGCAAGGUGUGAGUAUUGCCCGGACUGCACUGCACAAGUUUCAGACAUCAAACUUCAUUCUUCUCAUGGAUGAUGCGUGUGGCAGACUUGAUCACGAGACUGCAGUUGUCUAUCAACAGGUAGUCAGGGAAUGCUUCUUUGGCAACGCCAGUAUCAUGGUUGAGACUGCCGACUGCGAUCUUGAGGUUGUUGGACUACUGCCACUGCCUGACCUCGUCGAUCCACUCGCUUAG